AUGAUCUGCCGGUUAACCCACAACAGAAGCCAAUGCGUAGUUCAAACAGGUUGGCAUCUUUCAAAACCCCAUCGCCAGCCAAAUCAUCCCGGUUCGGUCAUGAGCAACCCCACUCACCUUGUUGUCGUUUGCUGUCACGGCAUCUGGACCGGCGGCCUCGCCAACGGUCACGCCGAGACGGAGUGGCUUAUCGCCGACUUCCAAACCGGCGAGACGCCGACAUUCAUCGAACACAUCAAGGCCGGCCUAACUGCACUCCGGGACGACCCAACCGCCGUGCUCAUUUUUUCAGGAGGUCCAACCCGUAAGGAAACCCAACUCUCUGAAGCAGCAAGCUAUGCAUCUCUCGCCUCCGCAAAUGGGUAUUUCAACAUCUUCUCCGCAGAAACCAUCGGCAUCUUCGCCUCCCGCAUCCUUGAGGACACGCUAGCCCUGGAUUCAUACCACAACAUUCUGCACUCCCUCAUUCUCUUCUGGCGCACAUACUCCGCUUGGCCCCUGAAGCUCACCAUCGUAAGCCACGCAUUCAAACGGCCCCGCAUCGUCGAUGGCCACUGCACCGCCAUUGGAUUUCCUCUCGACCGGGUCUAUUUCCUUGGAAUCAACCCCCCAGGUAUGCAAGCUGCCGCUGUCGCAAAGACCGACAAAGGAGAGGGUGAGUGUGGGAAACAAGGAGCUAUUGCGGGCGUGCAGCGCGCUGUGGAUGAGUGGACAGACGAUCCCCAUGGGGUCGGCCCGAGUCUUGCUGGCAAGAGGCGAGCGAGAAACCCAUGGGGUUUGGAGGACAGGCUAUUCAUCAGCGAUGAGGAAAGGCGCAGAAGCGGUUUGGCCACAAGGAUAGUGGACGGUCAUGAGGCAUUGGUAGACGACGCAAAGAGGCCAUGGGCAUAG